UAGAGCAUUUCAGGACAGGAACCUGUCCUUGUAAGGUGAAGAAAGAUAGGAGGUACUAUGGUAGUUACUUUUUAUAUUUAGCCAAUCAUUUAGUUGAUUCUUUGCCUUCUGACAAAUUAAUACGCAUGAUUGUGCUGGAUAAAUAUUCAGUAUUUUGGAACUAACCUUCGUAGCUCUCUGAGGUAUUCUUUGGUAGUAGGAGGGGACCCGGGCUCAUGAAUAAAGAUGAAGUUUUACCACUGGAGUGGCCUGACUCAUUUUACAGACAGAAGACCUUAUCCAGCGAUUGGACAAAAUCCUGUCAGUGCCCGGAACUGUAGCUGAAAAGCAGCUUUUCAUUACAGAGGUCAUUUUGAGGUUUUGAUUCAGUGGUUGCAGAGCAACAGCAUGUGGCGAUACCAGGCAGAAUCUGUGCUUCUGAAGAGCACAUCUUCCAAAGGGAAAAAAAAGUGCUGCAGAGAUGAGAACAGGUGCUACAGAAAGCACAGAAGAGUGUUUUACAGCAUUACAACGUAUCCAUCAUUGUUAGCAUGGCACCCAUGCCCAUCUAUUUUCCACAGUCGGCACCAUACUGUGGCAUUUUUGCCGCCGAACUAAUGGGGUCUCCUCAGUCUCCAUCCUCUGUUCCACCUGUUAGGGAGAGGAGACGGAUUUCCAUUAAAGAUCCCAUGCAGGACGGCAAAGACAUUAUGGAGGCAAUAUUUUCAGGGAGCUGGAAAUUAAGCCCACUUGGACUACUGCAGCCAGAGGUUCCAACCUCAGACAUGCAAAUGGCUCCAGGUAUGGUAGCCUCCAUGCCUGCCUCAUCAGUUGAGGCAGAAGAACCACCUGGCCCCUCAGCUGAGCCAGAGCUGAAACAAGUGCUGGAGCCUGAGCUAGAGCUGGAGACCGAGCCGGAGCCUGAGCUGGAGACAGAACUGGAGACCGAGCCAGAGACGGAGCCCGUGCCGAAGUCAGAGCCAAAGCUAGAGCCUGAGCCAGAGACUGAGUCCGAGCUGAAGCUAGAGCCAGAGCCAAAGCCAGAGCUGGAGACUGAGCUGGAGACCGAGCCGGAGCCGGAGACCGAGCCGAAGCCAAAGCCGGAGACGAAGCCAGAGCUGGAGACCGAGCAGGAGCCAGAGAGAGAGCCGAAGCCAGAGCCGGAUACGAAGCCAGAGCUGGAGACCGAGCAGGAGCCAGAGACAGAGCCAAAGCCAGAGCCAAAGCCAGAGCAGGAGACUGAGCCAGAGCCGGAGACCGAGCCAGAGCCAAAGCAGGAGUCAGAGAGUUAG